AUGUCUACUGAUGAUGAUAACCACACCUUUGAGACUGCCAAUGCUGGCGCCUCUGCUACUUUCCCCAUGCAGUGCUCUGCCCUUCGCAAGAAUGGUUUCGUUGUGAUUAAGGGUCGCCCUUGCAAGAUUGUUGACAUGUCUACCUCUAAGACUGGUAAGCACGGUCACGCCAAGGUCCACUUGGUUGCUAUUGAUAUCUUCACUGGCAAGAAGCUUGAAGAUCUCUCUCCUUCCACCCACAACAUGGAGGUCCCCAAUGUCCGUCGUGAGGAGUACACCCUCGUUGACAUUGAUGAUGGUUUCCUUAACCUCAUGUCCAGCGACAACUCCAUGAAGGAUGACGUUAAGCUCCCUGAGUCUGACCUUGGUAAUGAGAUUCACGACGCCUUUGAUGAAGGCAAGGAGCUCCUUGUCACUAUCAUUAGCGCCAUGGGUGAGGAGGCUCCUGUCUCUUGGAAGGAGGCUCCCAAGGGCAACUAA